GGCUGGUGAACAUGGGGAGUAUGUCUAAAUGUCAUUUGCAUGUUUCACUAAGAAACAUGAGCACACCUCACAGACCCUCGGUGCCUCUGGCGUUUACAGGCUUAUAAGAACGUCUCUACUAACACCUGCUGAUCCACUCGCUCUUCCACUGCGGUGAGCCCUCUUUCUCUCCUGAGACAGUGAGGCCAUUCUUACACAUCAUUUUCAUAACACUGACCUGAAGCCAAAGAGGCACCUCUGAAUCUUCUGUUAAAUCUGGAUUUAUAAUCAGAACCCAAGUGCUGCAGUCAUGCCUCCUCCCGGUGUGUGUCUGGAAAUCAUGGAGGUUCGCCACAGGCAAGACAGUCAUGGGAGUGUCACCAGCCCCAAGAACUUCUUCAACCAAGACUACCAGCACCUUAAACAGUAUUGCCUGAUCAAAGGAGUGAGGUACAUCGACGAAAUGUUCCCCCCUGACCACAGCUCCAUCGGGCAAGGGUUACUGAGCCCCUCUGACCAGGCCCGUGUGGAGUGGCUGAGACCAGCGAAAAUCUCCCCAAAUCCAGCCUUUGUACUUGAUGGGGUCUCCAGGUUUGACUUUGGUCAAGGAGUACUUGGAGACUGUUGGUUUCUUGCAUCUAUUGGAGCAUUGACAUUCCAGAUUGAUGUUCUCAAGCAAGUCGUCCCACUGGAGCAGAGAUUUGAUGACAACUACUGUGGAUUGUUUCACUUCAGGUUCUGGAGGUUUGGGAGUUGGGUGGAUGUUGUCAUUGAUGACAAGCUGCCAACACUUAAUGGCAGACUGAUCUUUGUUCAGUCCAAAGACCAAAAUGAGUUCUGGCCUGCUCUGCUGGAGAAAGCUUAUGCCAAGGUGUGCGGUUCCUACAAAGACAUGACGGCUGGAAUUCCCUCAGAGGCUAUGAUGGACUUCACCGGUGGUGUUCACAUAUGUAUCAAGCUGUCGCAACCACCUCCAGACCUCUGGGGGCUGUUGUGCAGAGCUGGCAAAGCCAACGCAUUGAUCGGCUGUGGUACACCUCAAGGUGAGACCCCCUCUAACGUAUUACCAAACGGACUGGUCCAGGGACAUGCUUACACUGUGACUGGUGUCAAAGAGAUGAUGAGCCAAGGAAAACUUUACAAACUGAUUCGCUUGUGGAACCCCUGGGGAAAAGGAGAGUGGAACGGAGACUGGAGUGAUAACUCACCUCUGUGGCAGACUGUGAGUUUUCAAGACCGCGAAAAAUGCCAUACAGUGUGUAAUAAUGGCGAGUUCUGGAUGACCCUGGAAGAUUUCUGUAAGUUCUAUGAAGAUCUUGACAUCUGUAGCCCGAGUCCAGACUUCCUUGACACAAAUUCAUGUUCCAAGUGGAAGACCGAAAUGUAUUUUGGCCGAUGGGUUGCAGGAACCACUGCUGGAGGCUGCCUGAACAACAAAGACAGUUUCUGGACCAAUCCACAGUUUAGGGUCAAGAGCUAUUCAGAGAAAGAAGGUGAGAUGCUGGUGUCGCUCAUGCAAAAGCCUGACAAGAGGAACAGACACCUGGUGCAAAACCUCCACAUCGGAUUCUCUGUGUUUGAGAUGACUGAACAAUAUAAGGCACAGGUGGGUAAGUUCCCAGCUUCCUUCUUUAACACAAACGCACCGGUCGCCCAAACUAAAACCUACCUGAACGCCAGGGAUGUCACCGAGCUUCUGACGCUGAAGCCUGGUGAAUACCUGAUCGUGCCUUCAACCUUUAAUCCAUAUGAGACGGCCUCUUUCAUCCUGACCAUCCACUCCAAGGAGGAGACCCUUUGCUACGAGAAUUCUGGAGACCACAAGUAUGAACCGGUUGAAGUGCCUCAGAAGGUCAGAAAUGCAGAACACGAUGAAAGUAAGAGGGGCGUGUUCCGUCAAUACUCUGACAAGUAUGAAGAAGUGGACGCUGAGCAGCUUCAGAAGCUUCUAAACGACAACAUCCUGAAAGGAGACUUGAAGUCUGGAGGCUUCAGUAUUGAUGCCUGCCGCAGCAUGGUUGCACUGAUGGAUUUAUCUAUCACCGGCAAACUGAACAGUCUGGAAUUCAUCCGUCUGUGGAACAAGGUUGUCACAUACAAGGACAUUUUCUUCCUCACUGAUGUUUCACGAACGGGAAUGCUGUCACUGAGUGAGCUGAGGAACGCUCUUGUAGCAGCAGGAAUGAGAGUCGGUGAUGACAUGCUCAAUCUGAUGGCGCUGCGCUAUGGCGCCUCAGCUGGACACAUGACACUGGAGAGCUUCAUCAGUCUCAUCAUUCGCUUGGACUGCAUGCAGAAGAUCUUCAAACAGAUGUCUGAUGGAAAAGCCAUGCACCUCAAAGAGUCAGAGUGGAUGUACUUUUCAAUGUACACUUAACCCAGCAAAGAAGAUGGAAGCACUUUCAUCUGGAAAUAAAGGAGAAGCAUUUUUUUUUUUUUGCUAUAUUUCAAAAUAAAUAAAAGUUUUAGUUUUUAGCAAAUAAUCCAUGACAUAUAAUGUAUGAAAAGUGCAUUUUCAUACAUUUGUCGGUAUUGUAGAUCGCAAUGAAUAUCUAAAACAAAACUAAAACAGAAGCAACUUGAUUUGCCACAAUUAGUUUUCCUGUUUAGCUUUAGAUAUACUAUGAUGUGGAUAAUUGAGAAUCUUUACAGACAUGUACGUUAAUGUGAAAAUGUAACAGAACAUCAGAUUGAUAUUAGACUUAAGAAGGAAUCUGUUUGUUUGUUUUUUUGUUGUUGUUUUUUUAAAAAUAAACACGAACAACUACUGUA